AUGUCACAGCCUGAAUCGGAUUUCAGAGCCCAGUUUGGAAACUGGACUUCUCGCAUAAAUACAAGAGCAUCGAACUCUUCAUUCCCAGCGUUUCUGGAUUGGGGAGACUAUGUCAAGUCGGGUGCAAAUGAUCUCUACGAUUCUUUGCCCAUGUACAACACUAGCACGCUGUCAACACAAGAACCCUCGUGGUUCCAACUAAGUAGGUUUGAGAGAAUAGUUGGGUUCGGGUGCUGCCUCGGAGCCUCUAUCCUCUGCUUUGUGUUGAGUUUCUUUUUGUUUCCUGUUCUUGCAUUAAAACCGACCAAAUUUGCUUUUCUUUGGCUGAUGGGCUCCCUAUUAUUCGUGGUGUCCUUUGGUAUUCUUCAGGGGCCUAACGCGUAUCUCAAACACAUCUUCAGUGCUGGACGGGUCGUGUUUACAAUUGUGUUUUUUGGCUCGGUGUUGACUACCAUGUAUUGUGCAGCAAUUCUCAAAUCCACCAUUUUGACUAUUCUAGCAAGUGUGGUGGAAAUCUUCGCCAUUCUCUACUAUGCGUUCAGUUACUUCCCCUUCGGAGCGACCACCAUAACCUGGUUCACGAGCUACUUUGUUGGCUACAUUGGAGGAGUGUUCGCCGCUCUCUUUUGA